AUGGCUUUAAGAAGAGUAUUAAAGAAUCAAUUCAAUUUAAUUCAUAAGGGAUAGGCUCAAGCUGUCAGAGGUGGACAUGGUUGGGAUAGACCUGAUGUUCCCCUUAGCUUCAACCCUCUUUAUGUUCAUAAGCGUGAACUUUCUAUCUUCGAUACUAAUAUGUGGAUGUACGAUUAAGUCUAUCCUGAAUACGUAAUUUCCUAUAAUGAAAUUCAUUUAGUUGAUUAAUGGAAAGGUCUCAAGGAGUCAUUUUCUUAAUCUGCCUACUGGUGGGCUAUGAUGGCUAUGGUUUUUGGAUUCUACUUCAUUAACACUACUCCUAGAUAACUUGGUAUUGAUACUAAUGACUUAAAGGGUUUCCUUGGUGAAUACUAUGGUCAAUACAAAAAGAGAAGUGGUAUUAGAUCCAAUUUCCUUGGUUUAGAUGUCACUGGUGAAAACUCCAUCAUCCAGCCCAAUUAUGACAGAAAGAAUGGUAUCAGAGAUGUUAUUGACUCUCUUAAUGCUGAUGCUGGAAAAAGAAAACUCAUCAAUUUAGAAGCUAAGAACUUUAUUGAAAGAGUUGAAAAGGAAUGUGAAUAACGUAUACUCAAGAAAGGUGGUGCUACUUAAUCUCACCACUGA